UCCAAGAACCUGCCCACCCCACCCCACCCCCAGUCUGUCUCUCUGAUAUACAUAUAUAUAUAUAGUUAUACCUGAGUGCGUCUGUGCAGUGCUCCCGAAGUUCUCAUUGAGACAUACUACCAAGUUCGUACCAAGUGUCUGAAAUCGAUCUUGAUUGAAAUUGGAAAAGAAAAAGGAAUGGAUAUGGUGAAUAGGUGUUCGUCGGGGAGCUCGUCGUCGUCAUCGGAGUCGUCAUCGUCGGCGGCGGAGAGGAUCAAGGGCCCGUGGAGUGCUGAGGAGGACAAUAUCCUGACCCGAUUGGUGGAGAAAUACGGGGCCCGGAACUGGUCCCUCAUAAGCAAAUACAUAAGGGGGAGGUCGGGAAAAUCCUGCCGGCUGCGGUGGUGCAAUCAGCUCAGCCCCAAUGUGGAGCACCGCCCCUUCUCGGCGGCGGAGGAUCAGACCAUCCUCGCCGCCCACCAAAAGUACGGCAACCGUUGGGCCACCAUUGCGCGCCUUCUGCCCGGUCGGACCGACAAUGCCGUCAAGAAUCAUUGGAAUUCCACUCUGAAGAGGAGAUACAACUUCAAGAAGCAGAAUCAGGAGCAGAGAUUAUUACCGGAGAGUCCGACGGCGAUUGAGGACAACUGUAAUAAUAAUAACAACAAUGUGGUGGCGGUGUCGGGGCCCAGCAGUAUCGGAAAGUUCGAGGAAUACGAUCCGAUGACGGUGCUGUCGCUGGCGCCGCCAGGCAUGGCGGUGGCGGAGAGAAGGGAGGAGGGAUUGCCGGAGGAGUUUUGGGAUGUAAUGAGGAAUGUGAUUGCUAGAGAGGUUAGGGACUACGUUACGACGUCGUUUCCUGAGGCAGCUUCUGGAUUUCGUUUAUGAUUUUUCAUUAAUUAAUUAAUCAAAUCUUGCUCAUCUUCCUUGUUUGUAUUUGUAUUCGUUUCCUAAGGGUCGGCUGUUUUAUGUUAAUACCUUAUAUUAUCAUUAUUGUUAUUAAUUAUUAUUAUUACUGUUA